CUCUAGCCUUGGCGUUUGGAGGAGAAGCAUCUGUCCCAGAUGGAUAAUGGUUAAGGAACAAUCUGAAAUUCAAUUCAAAAAGAAGAUAGAAGAUAAUAGGUAAAAGUCUGCAGAUUUAUUUACCCAAGAUAACUUUGGUGUGAGAAAAUUUAACGUGAAAUCAUCGCUGAAAUUUGUUGCCUGUUCCAGUCAAAGUUUGUAGGCUACAAAAAAAAAAAAAAAAAAAAAUCCUGAAGUUUGCACUUAUAAAUUUAUACCAAGAUAAUUUCAGAAUGUCCAGCAAGGAAGUAAAGACUGCUCUAAAAAGUGCCAGAGAUGCAAUCAGAAACAAAGAAUACAAAGAGGCUUUGAAACAUUGUAAGACAGUGUUAAAACAAGAGAAAAAUAACUAUAAUGCCUGGGUUUUUAUUGGUGUUGCUGCAGCUGAGUUAGAACAACCUGAUCAGGCCCAGGGUGCCUAUAAGAAAGCUGCUGAACUAGAACCAGACCAAUUACUGGCUUGGCAGGGGUUAGCAAGCUUGUAUGAGAAAUGUAAUCACAUAAAUGCUAAGGAUGACUUACCUGGUGUUUACCAGAAGCUCCUGGAUCUUUAUGAAAGUGUUGACAAACAGAAGUGGUGCGAUGUCUGUAAGAAACUUGUGGAUCUAUAUUACCAAGAAAAGAAACACAUAGAGGUGGCCCGAACAUGGCACAAACUGAUAAAGACACGGCAGGAGGAAGGUGCAGACAACCAAGAGCUUCAUCAGCUAUGGAGGAAAUUGACUCAGUUGCUGGCUGAGAGUACUGAGGAUCAAAAUAAUGAGACCCAGCAAUUGCUUUUAACUGCUUUUGAGAAUGCACUGGACUUAUCAGAUAAGAUUCCUAGUGAAGAUCACCAAGUACUUUAUAGACAUUUCAUUCACUGUUUAUCCAAAUUUCCUCAUGAGACUGCUAGAUUGAAGAAAGCCUGUGAAGGAAUGAUAAACAUCUAUCCCACUGUACAAUAUCCACUAGAAGUGCUUUGUUUGCAUUUAAUUGAAUCAGGCAGUCUUACUGAUGAAGGACAGCAGUAUUUUUCCAGACUAGUGGAAAUGGAUUCCAAAAGUGGUCCAGGCUUCAUUGGUUUAGGCAUUAAAGCAUUACAAGACAAAAAGUAUGAAGAUGCUGUUAGGAACCUAACAGAAGGGUUAAAGGAAAGCCCUCUGUGCACAACUGGAUGGUAUCAUCUGGCAGAAGCCCAAGUUAAAAUGCAUAGACCUAAGGAAGCUGUUCUUUCAUGCAAUCAAGCUCUGAAGAACAUAGAUAAUCUUGGUGUGUCUGGUGGCAGUCUUCAUCAGAAGAAUCUUUGUCUCCGUUUGAAAGCAGAGGCUUUGAUUAAACUCUCAGAUUAUGAAUCUUCAGUGGAAGCAAUUUGUACUCUUGAUCAGGUUUCUGAUGCAAAUAAUAUCCCAGGACUUUUGGUUCUUAAAAGCUUGGCCUAUCUGAACAAAGGCUCAUUAGAUGAAGCUUCAAAGAUUAUGGAAGACCUUCUCUCUUCUUACCCUGACCUAGCUGAAGUUCAUGCCCUGGAGGCUUUAAUUCAUUUUACCAAAAAGGACUAUCUACAAGCAGAGAAAUGUUUUCAGAGAGCUCUUGAGAAAGAUGCUGAAGUUGCUGAAUAUCAUUACCAACUUGGGUUAACAUAUUGGUUCAUGGAUGAAGAAACAAGAAAAGAUAAAACAAAGGCUCUUACCCACUUUCUAAAGGCUGCCAGACUGGAUACAUACAUGGGCAAAGUUUUCUGCUAUUUAGGUCAUUACUACAGAGAUGUGGUAGGAGAUAAAAACAGAGCCCGUGGCUGUUACAGGAAAGCUUUUGAGUUAGAUGAUACUGAUGCUGAAUCUGGAGCUGCGGCAGUUGACUUAAGUGUGGAACUUGAAGAGAUGGAAACUGCCUUAGCCACCCUAACAACAGUAACUCAAAAGGCAGGUGCUGGAACGGCAAAAUGGGCCUGGCUUAGGCGAGGACUGUACUAUUUGAAAGCUGGUCAACAUUCUCAAGCUGUGGCUGAUUUACAGGCAGCAUUAAGGGCAGAUCCAAAGGACUUCAAUUGUUGGGAGUCACUAGGAGAGGCAUACUUAAGCAGAGGUGGCUAUACAACAGCCUUGAAAUCCUUCACAAAAGCCAGUGAGCUGAACCCAGAAUCCACAUACAGUGUGUUUAAGGUUGCUGCAAUACAGCAAAUCCUAGGCAAAUAUAAGGAGGCGAUAGCUCAAUACCAGCUGAUCAUUAAAAAGAAAGAAGACUAUGUGCCGGCUUUGAAAGGUUUGGGUGAAUGCCAUCUCAUGAUGGCAAAAGCGGCUCUAGUUGAUUAUCUUGAUGGGAAAGCUGUAGACUACAUAGAAAAAGCACUGGAAUAUUUUACUUGGGCUCUGCAGCAUCAAGCUGAUGUGUCUUGCCUUUGGAAGCUAGUUGGGGAUGCUUGUACCAGUCUGUAUGCUGUCUCACCAUCUAAAGUGAACGUUAAUGUUUUAGGAAUCCUUCUAGGUCAGAAAGAAGGAAAACAAGUAUUAAAGAAGAAUGAGCUUCUCCAUCUUGGAGGAAGGUGUUAUGGCCGUGCGUUAAAACUGAUGUCUACAUCUAAUACGUGGUGUGAUCUUGGAAUUAAUUAUUAUCGCCAAGCACAACAUCUAGCAGAAACAGGCAACAAUACAAAUGAUCUUAAAGAGUUGUUGGAGAAAUCUUUACAUUGUCUGAAAAAGGCAGUGAGACUUGACAGUAAAAAUCACUUAUACUGGAAUGCUCUUGGUGUGGUUUCAUGUCACAAUGGUAUUGGAAAUUAUGCCCUUGCUCAACACUGUUUCAUCAAGUCUAUCCAGUCAGAACAAAUUAAUGCUGUUGCAUGGACCAACUUGGGAGUGUUAUACCUUGCAAAUGAAAACAUUGAGCAAGCUCAUGAAGCUUUCAAAAUGGCUCAGUCUCUUGAUCCGUCUUAUUUAAUGUGCUGGAUUGGACAAGCUCUUAUUGCAGAGACAGUUGGAAGUUAUGACACAAUGGAUCUUUUCAGGCACACUACAGAACUCAGUAUGCAUACUGAGGGAGCAAUAGGUUAUGCGUACUGGGUCUGUACAACAUUGCAAGAUAAAAGCAACAGAGAUACAGAGCUGUACCGGUACAACAUUGUUCAGAUGAAUGCUAUUCCAGCAGCCCAAGUUGUUUUGAGUAAAUACAUAGAAAGAAUUCAGAAUUAUGCGCCAGCUUUCACAAUGUUGGGUUACUUAAAUGAACAUCUACAACUGAAAAAGGAAGCCACAGAUGCAUACCAAAGGGCAAUGUUAUUGUUACAGACUGCGGAAGACCAAGAUACUUAUAAUGUUACAGUAAGAAAUUAUGGCAGAUUGUUAUGUUCCAUUGGUGAAUAUGAUAAAGCUAUCCAGGCUUUUAAGUCAACACCCCUUGAAGAGUUAGAAGACAUCAUAGGUUUUGCAUUGGCUUUAUUUAUGAAAGGUCUAUAUAAAGAAAGCAGCAAAGCCUAUGAGAGAGCCUUGUCUAUUGUUGAAUCAGAGCAGGACAAAGCCCAUAUCUUGACAGCUCUGGCAAUAACGGAGUAUAAACAAGGAAAAAUGGAUGUAGCCAAGACAUUGCUAUUUAAAUGCUCUAUCUUAAAGGAUCCAACCACAGAAAGCCUUCAAGCCCUGUGUGCUCUCGGAUUGACAAUGCAGGAUGCUACACUAUCAAAAGCGGCACUUAAUGAAUUACUGAAGCACAUCAAGCAGAAAGACGAUUAUUCAAAGUGCCUUCUUACUUCAGCGAUUUAUGCACUGCAAGGCCGCAGUGUGGCAGUGCAAAGACAAGCAUCUAAAGCUGUUCACAGUAACCCAGCUGAUCCUGCUCUUUGGUCUCUGCUGUCCCGAGUAGUUGCUCAGUAUACAAACCGAAGUGCAAAGGGAGGUGCUGUAGCAGGAAAUGUGGCUCAUAUUUUGGACUCAAAUCAUGGAAAGAAGGCAUUACUGUACACUGCAGUAAAUCAGUUAGCUAUGGGAAGCAGUUCAGCAGAAACUGAAAAAAAUAUUGCACUAAAGACCAUUCAGAAAGCAGCUCUUCUUUCUCCAGGUGAUCCUGCUGUCUGGGCUGGGCUAAUGGCAGCCUGUCAUGCUGAUGAUAAACUGGCUCUAGUGAACAACACUCAGCCAAAGAGAAUGGAUUUGUACUUGGCACUGUUAUCUGCUGUUUCUGCUUCAAUUAAAGACAAAGAAUUCCUUAAGGAGUAUAACCAAUCUCUUGAAAAGUGGUCUCUCUCCCAAGCUGUCACUGGUCUAAUAGACACAGGAAGAAUAUCUGAAGCUGAAGCCCUCUGCACAAAGAAUUUAAAAAGUAACCCUGAUCAGCCAGCUAUUAUCUUACUUUUGAGACAAGUUCAGUGUAAACCACUCCUGGAGUCACAAAACCCUCUCCCAGAUGCUGUCCUUGAAGAGCUGCAAAAAACAGUCAUGUCCAACUCAACUUCUGUUCCAGCUUGGCAGUGGCUGGCACACAUCUAUCAGUCCCAAGGAAUGAUGGGUGCUGCAGAGAUGUGUUAUAGAAAGAGUCUACAAGUAGCAUCCCAACAGGGCAUUUGGAGUGGGAAGCUGUCGAGUCUCUUGAGACUAGCUCUACUUGCUUUAAAAGCCUGCAUGGCUAAUAUUUCCAAUGAUCACUGGUCAUCUUUGGUUCAGGAAGCUACAACUGAGGCCUUGAAACUUUGCUUUUGUCCAUUGGCUGUCUUUUUACAAGCUUUGUUACAGUUCAACCGCAAAAUGGGGGCAAGAGAGACGCGGCGACUUUUGGAAAGAGUGGUGUAUCAGCCUGGGUAUCCCAAGUCUAUUGUAUCAACUGCACGUUGGUAUCUACUGAGACACUUACAUGCCAAAAAUGACUACGAGCUUAUUGAUGUGCUGGUAAACAAUGCCAAAAUUCAUGGAGAUACAAGAGCAUUGGAAUUGAAUCAGAAAUUGUCCUCACAGUAACAGUAUGUUAUUUUAUAGUAAGCAAGCAAAGAGAAAGUUAUUAGAAAGAAUCAAUGAAUCAAGACUGUUCCCCAAAGCAACAUUUUAAAAAAACGUAGUUAUAAUCAUCCAUUCCUAUUUCAAAUCUAAAGACAUUUAAGUUCUUAAGCUAGGGGUUUAAUUUUUCAAAAACUCGUAAUAUAACUUUAAUUUGAAAAAUAUGUUUGAUUUUGAGAAGCCCAUAAUGAAAGGAAAAAACAUGAUUCCCUUAGGUGUUCAUCAGUAAUUUGUAAACCAUUCUUUUCUCCAUCUUGCAUUGUGCAUAAUAAGAUGUUUUUUGUACCCCUUUAUAAUAAAGCCUUUAUAGCCAUUUUCCAAAUAAUAUGCAAAAGCAGAUUAGCACAGUGCAGAAUUUUACUUCUUAAAAAAUAAAUUGAAAGAUGUAAUUUCUUCUAUGAACUCUGGAGUUCAGCAGACCAACUCAUCAUAACAUCUAAAUAAUCUUACAGCCUAUUUUACUAGUGGUUCAUUUCAGAUUCUGUUGAAGAAGUAUAAUGUAAAUGUUGGUGAGUUUAGACUGCUAAUGGAUAUGUUUGUAUAAUUCAAAACACUCAGGUGUAUGGCUGCAUUAAAAAAAGUAAUGGAAAAUUUUGGAAAAUAAUGACAACAGUGUUUAAUUGAUCAUGCAGUUUCUUCAAUUAUGACGAAAAGACUUGAACUUUCUGAAAUAAGAAAAAACAUAGUGUCUUAUUUUCUUUAUAGUAUUAAUAUCAGAUAUAAUUUCUAAGUUUCAAAUUUUAAAACUUGAAAGCACGUUACGUAUUUUAGUUUUUCCAAAAAGCCUUUUAUAUAUCUGAAACAACUGUAUGUUGCUUACUUUGGAUUUGUGGUUUUAAAAAAUAUUUUCAGAUAUUUACAUAUACUAUUUGUUGUAUGAAAAUGUGUGGUUGUACAAUUUAUGUAUGCAGUUUUUCUAAAUCAGCUUUAUGGUGUUAUUUUGUGAGAUAAUAUAAAUUGAUAAUAUUCUGUAAUUAAAUUUUGCUCCAAAGGUUAAUCUAUUGAACUAACUAUAAUUUGGUGAAUUCCCAAAUUUGGCUGAAUAUUAUCCUCAUUCAGACCUAUGCAAUCAGAAUCUUUAAGGAUAAGGGCCUAGGACUCUGCAUGAUAAAGGCAUGCCUAAGAGAUUCUAAUGUUGAUUCAGGUUGGUGAACCACUGGAUUAAUCCAAUAAUGAUUAUUCCCUUUACUUUUUUCUUUAAAAGAAUCAAGCACUUGCCAUUCUCUGCCCAUUUCUUCCUUAUCUUCACAACUGUCCAACUGAAUCAGUGCUUUUGACAGCCUGUCCCACAGACUUAGCCAGAGAUGAGCUGCAAAAGGUUGCCUGUGCCUCUCUGGUGCCCGUGACCUCCUCCUUCCUCUGGAAAGCACUUUAGCCUUUACCCCAGAAUGGCCUGGAUCUAUCUGCUUCAAUGCUUAUGAGUCAGUUCUUGUUUUCCAUCUGCUUUCUGGGGUGUCACUUACUUCACAAGGUUACUUUCUCCUGCAGUGUGGACUUGUUUAGUCUUUGCUCCAGGCCUGUAGCCAGGGAGUGACCUUUUGACUAAGUUGCCUAGUUCUGGCCUCUGAGAACCUCAGACCCAGGUUUUCUAGAAAGGAAAGUUCGAAAACAUGAUAGUUAAUAUCAUCUCAGGUAAUUCUUUUUGCAUGGAUGUACACACAUCCUGUCUUUUCUUUGUUCUCUUAAGACUACUGCCCAGUUACUGUGAGGCUCCAAUCAUAAAUGUAUGAGUUUUACAGAGCUUACUUAAUGCCAGACCUUUGCUAAAUGUUUUGAACAUUGUCAUUUAAUCUUAGUAAGUAAAGGAAAAUAGUGCUAAACACUAUGCUUAAAGCAAAGAAAAACAUGAAAUGGAAUCGGUGUUAUCAGAUUCUAGGAACUUUAAAGUAGCCAAAAGUUCCCUUCAUUUUAUAUGUAAGUUUAGAGAAAUUACAUUAGAAGUUAUUUCCAGAAGUGUCAAUAUUUAGCAUUCAUCUUAGGUAUUUCCUUAUUUGAGAAUUAUAGUGCAUUUUUGCUAAUUUUUAUCUACCUUUUGGCUCUUAUUAAUUAAUUAGAUAUUUAUAGUCCAGCUAGACAUCUGAUAAUCAUUUUCUGUGGGAAACGUAUAUUUCAGCUUAUGAGUAAACUUUUAGAACACAAUCUACUUGUUUGGGAUCACUUGUCCUAUCUCUAAAAUGUCCCUUUCAUUAAUUUCUGGUCAGGAUAAAAAAAAAAAAACGCCUUAGUUUAAAAUGCCGUGCUCUUUUUUCAGUUUGAAAUGAAACUUCCUUUAAUUUGGGAAUCUACACAGAACAGCAUUGGACAGAAAUUCUCGGGUUCUCCAUUAAGGGAAUUAAAAGAUAUGGUUACCUAAACUAACAUUAAAAAAAAAAAAACCUACUCUGAAACAUUGGGUAAAUAUUUACUGAUGUGUAAUAUAUGAAUAUGAAAAGAUACAUGUUUGGUUGCUUCAUAGAAAAGCUUGAUACUUGUUUUGGGGAUAUUUUAUAGGAACACAAAAAUGAAGUAUAUUUUAUGUAUGAAUCAGAGGGACUUGCAGAUCUAUUUCAGUUUUUGCACACUUUAAAAAAUGUGGAACUUUGUUUUGGCAUAGUUGACCCUUAUCUCUUUACAGGUCUUCCUUUUUUUCACUUUAGUUGCUAAUGGAUGGAUAGAAAGCUUCUCGGACGCCUGUGUGUAGACUCAGCUGCUGGUUAUAAACUGACCGUCAAUUUGCAGGAGAGGUUUUUUUGUUUUGUUUUGUUUUUUACAUUAGAAAGAUAAAAGUACAGGAUUUUCUUCCCAUAUCUGUAUUUUUAAAGACUUUUUAUACAGAGAAGAUAAAAAGUCAGAAAAUUCCCUUAUUUAGAGUAUAUACCUUAUUUUUGGUUUUGAAAAUAGAGUCACUUAAGAUCUAUUGCACUGAAAAUCCACUCAAGGUGUCUAGCUGUCCCUUUGCUAUAUAAUAAUGGGUUUUUCCUCUUUUGGGCUGACUAAAAUGGGAACUUUUUGAAUAGCAGGGUUUUAAAUUCUAAUGUACCUAAAAAAUAUCCUAUACAACUAUAAUUUUUUAAAAUAAAUGCUAAAUUAUCUUUAGACCUCAGAAUGUUUUGAGGGAAUUUAAGAAUAGGAUCUCUUUAACAAAGAGCUGUUAUGAAACAUUUGAAAUCCUUUUUUCUUUUAUUUUCAAUUUAGAAUUGAAAAUACCUAUUUGUUUUAGUGAAGGGAUAUGAUGCCAGGAGACAGAUAAUUAAAAUUGGAGUAUCCCUUGGAAAAGGGGUUGGGUUCAUAGUACAUCACCGGAGUAUUGAAAUAAUUUGCAUGUCAUCAUCUCUCCUGAGUUUGAAUCAGUACAAAAGUUCAUUUGGGCUACAUACUUCCCCUGUAUAUAGUACCUAUUAUAAAAACAUAUAUAAAUUAUUAAUUUUUCUGAAGAGAAGAUGGGCACUAAAAAAAUGUUUAUCUUGCUAUUUCUGCUUAUAUGGGAGGCAGAAUAAUGGUUCCCCAAACUUGUCAUGCCCUAAUUACCAGAACUUGUGAAUAUGUGGCUAAGGGGCUAUGCAAGUGUGACCUUGACAUGGAGAAAUUAUCCUGGAUUAUUUGAAUCGACCCAAUUUAAUCACAGAAGUACUUAAAUGUGGAGACCCUUUCUGAGAGUGACAGUGGAAGGUCAGAGGUUCGACAUUGCUGACUUUGAAGUUGGAGGAAGGUGGUUCCAGCCGUGGAAUAAAGGCAGGCUCUAGAAACUGGAAAAAGCAAGGCAACUUUUUUUCCAGUGGAGUUCCCAGAAAGGAAUGUAGCCCCACUGGCACCUUGACUGUAACCUGCUGAGACCUGUGUUGGACAUCUGACUUAUACAGAGCUGUAAGAUAAUAAAUUUACAUUGUUCUUAAGCCACUAAGUUUGUGGCAAUUUGGUAUGGCAGCAUAGAAAAUGAGGGCAUUGCUCACUGUGUAUAUUGUUAAAAUGGAUACACAUUCCUUUGAAGUUGGAUUUCACUAGAUCACUGAAAUUGGGGAUUAUCAUCUUAAUUGUUGCCCAAAAAGGGGUCAUCAGAUAAAGAUGAUGAGUUAUCAAAAUGGUUACUGUGAAAAUAAAAUGUCAUAAGUAUUUGACUCUUAA